GCUUGGAUUCAGAGUACAACGUUUUUUAUUCAUUCUUCAAUCAGAUAUUGAUAUUUGUGGAAACUGUAAAUUUCUGUGACAGAUGAAAAUUUGGGAUGAUCGUAAGCCCUUACCACUUGCAGUGUUGAGACCACACAAUGGACAUCCUGUUAGCUCAGCAAUAUUCUUGACUGCCCCACACCGCCCUGAUCAUAUUGUUCUUAUCACAGGAUGCCCACUAAACCGUGAAGUGAAGAUGUGGUCCUCUUCAAGUGAAGAAGGCUGGCUGUUGCCCAGUGAUGAUGAAUCAUGGCAGUGUACCCAGAUACUGGAACUGAGGUGUUCUGCUGAGUCUGAGAUUGACAAUGCAUUCUUUAACCAAGUUGUGGCACUGCCCGUGCAGGCCUGUUUCUGCUUGCAAAUGCGAAGAAGCAUGCUAUAUAUGCUGUACACAUAGACUAUGGGCCUUAUCCAGCAGCUACCUGCAUGGAUUACAUAGCUGAAUUCACUGUCACAAUACCUAUAUUGAGUCUCACUGUAAUAAGUGAUAAUUUGUCGGGUGGAGAAUCUUUCCAAGUCUACUGCGUUCAAACACAGGCUAUUCAGCAAUAUGCUUUGGAAUUGUCUCAAUGCCUGUCACCACCCUUGGAAAAGACAGACUUGGAUAAAACAGGUUCCAAUAUUGCUCAUGUUUUUGAUGCCACGAACUCUGAUGGUUCUGCUUCUCUGGAAUCAGCUCAUGGAUAUAAAGCAACUGACAUGAGUCUAAAUUCCUCAGCUCCAUGUCAUCUAUAAACACAAGUAGCCCUGAAGGUGCCGCCCUGUCGAGCAGUUCACAAAAAACCAGCUUCUCCAGAGGUGACUUUCGUUUCCGAGAGUGCUGUGUUUGGUAUGGAAAGUAAGCCAAGUGCUUUGCCGACUUGUAGUAGUGCUGAAAAUAUGCACACUGCAUCACCUCCACUUCCAUUAACUACAAGGUUAUCACGAGAGUCUUCUGGUUUUAGAAGUCCAUCAAGUGCUGGUCAUGUUAACCAUUCUGCACAUGAUCAUUCUGUAGAACACAAAGUGGAUAUGGUCAAAGAGAAUAAGACUGAAACCCCUACUCAGGUGAUCACGUGCAGAAAGGUGAAGAUAUUGCUCAAAACGACAUUUCAACUGUCCUGAUCCUCAUACAGUGUUCAAACAUCCAACCCAUCUGGUUACACCAUCGGAGAUUUUGUCUAUUGUGUCUUCAUCAACAGAGAAUGCACAUAUUAGUCAGGUUACUAACGGGGAUGAGACAACAGUUGAAGAUGUGGUUAAGAAUGAUGCUGAAAGUAUAGAGGUAGAUGAUGAAGUUCAUGGUGAGACGGGACUUUGUCAAAGUAAUGAAACUAAAUGUCCACAAAGCUCUCAUACUACUUUUGAAGAUAACAAAGAAAAGGCAUUCCACUCGCAGGCAUCAGAUCUUGGCAUUCAGAUGGCUAGAGAUUUUUGUGCGGAGAGUUAUGAUGUUGAGGGAGAUCAACAAGCUAAUCACAUGGGUGUUUCAGUUCGAGCAGAUAGACUUACUAAUGGUGGUGAUGGGGGUGACCAGAAUGUAAGACGCCCUCCAAAGGUUGGUGAAACACACUUCUAUCACUGUUUCCCCAUCUCCUUCUUCUGCUAAAGGGAAAAAGCAGAAGAAGAAAACUUCUCAAUUAUCUAUCCUCUCUUCCCCUUCAGUGAGCCCAUAUGAUUCCACAGAUUCAUCUAAUGAACCAGGGUGCAAUUCCAGGGCUCUGUCAGCUGAUGCUAUUUCCCCUCAAUUGCUGGCCAUGCAGGAUGUGCUUGACCAGCUAGUUUUUUUUAAAAAAAAUACUAUAAACAGCUUUUUGAAAAAAAAGUCCCUUAGUAUGCAGAAGGAAAUGCAGAAGCAGAUGAAUGCAAUUGUCUCCGCUCCAGUUAACAAAGAAGGGAAAAGACUGGAAACAUCCCUGGGCAGGAGCAUUGAGAAAGCCGUAAAGGAAAAUACAGAUGCUUUGUGGGCUUGUUUCCAAGAUGAAAAUGCAAGAAAAGAGAAGUUAGAAAGAGACCGCAUGCAGAAGAUAACAAAUUUGAUCUCCAGCUGUAUUAAUAAGGACUUGCCAUUCGUGUUUGAGAAAUCCUUAAAGAAGGAAAUAACUGCAGUUGGUUCUGUUGUGGCUCGGGCUAUUAGUCCCACUCUGGAGAAAAGUAUAUAUUCUGCCAUUACAGUCAUUCCAGGUAAAUAAAGAAAGGUCAAAUUGUGGUGACAUAUCAGAGUGUUUUGUGUCCUAUAUGAGUGUUCAUUUAUUUGGACAGAUGAAUCAGUAUAGCAUUAACAGUUGCGUCGUGGCACAAGUCAAUUUGAUAUUCAGAGAAAGAAUUUUGUAUUUAGUGUAUUGUGUUCUCUUGAAUUUGAUGAAACUGGUGAAUUAAAAAAAAAUCCUAAA